UGCGGUGGCGAGCGUAUUUCUAACACGAUGAGCCACACCGCCGCGCUUUAUUAUUGCCUUAUCCAAGUCUGCAAGUGCUUGAUUCUAUUAUUUGUGGGUCAUUUUAAUUUCCAGUCCGGCAUUAAAUUCAAACAGGGGUAUUUAUAUGAUGAAAUAUUGAAGGAUUUGUGAACAGAAAAUGAUCACAGGAAGGCAAAAACAAGGAUGUGUGGAAUUAUUACGAAUGCUUCCACAACAUGAAUUGAUUGGUCUGUGUGAUACAGUCACCAACAAGCUUAUUGCAUCUACUAACCCAGAAGAAGCCAUUGAUGCGAUUUUGACAUAUUCCAAAACUGUUGAAGAAUUGCUAAAUCGUAAGAAGCUGAAACAUGAAAUUUUAUUUCAAUAUUUGCAUUCGAAGAAUGUUGGCGGAAUUAAUCCAAAAUGCACAAAAAUUGAACUUGUCAGUGUGAUAAUUGAUUUUUGGAGUAAGGGUGUUGUUGAAAGGAAUAAACAUUUGUCAUCACACUCAACACAGGGCCAAACUUCUCAACAAAUUACGAUUAAUUAUAACACGUUUAUACAUCAUGAGGAGAAAAAUGUAUUGAAUGUUGUGUCAGCUUCUUCCGUUGGUGAUGGAUUAGACACCGGUCAACAGUUGGCAAAAGAAUUUAUAUUAUGGUUUUAUCCAAUGCUUAAUAAUAUCAAAAAUAACCAGUCACCAGGUUGGGGAGCACAGAAUUUCUGUCCUGAUGCUGUACUUGUACUCACUGUGAUUAGAGAAGGCAAUAAUCAACAUGAAGAAAAGUUUAUUGGUGCUCAGGCAGCACAAGAAAAACUUGCCUCAUUAGUUAUGAAGGACAAUGCAGUAUUGAAUCCGAAUACAACUCCUGAAGGAUAUAGAGGAACAAUUAGUCCACAUGGUCUCGCAAAAGUUGCUGUGUGUGGAACUUUGCAUAAACUCAACGAGACUUGUAACUCACCCGAUAGACAGAUACUUAUGGGAGUUUUUGAACAAUGUUUCGGACUUGUAAGAGAUGUCAGCGACGGAAACAGAUGGAAAAUCAAAUAUACUGAUUUAAAAAUGAAACUUAUGAGUAACUACGGUCAAACACCUCAUAUGACUUUAAGUGAAGAUGUUAUAAGAGCUAUUUCUGAAUGAUACCAAUGUAUCUUCUAUUACGAUCUGAUCUGUCGCAGUUUGUUUCUGGUAAGGUGGAAAUCCAGGAUAUUUUCACUUCGCAUUUCAGGCACUACCGUUGUACAUAUAUAUGCAUAGUGUUGUUGUGGAGCAGGGGUGUGCAAUCUGCGGCCCAAAGGGAAAAAUUGUGCAGCCCGCGAGAAGUGCCAAUUUUGAAUUGUGGGUGGCCCACGAAACGGGUUUUGUAUCUGGUACGUGUGGGUAAUUCUAAUCUUUUUGUGAAGCCUAUACCUGAAUCCAAUUAUCUAUGAUGUUACAAAGCCCCCCAAUAGCUGGCAAGUGCGAAGCGAGCAACGCAUGUCCUAAGAUCUAUAACGUAAAUCUUUGCGAGCACGGCUACUAGAAAACCUAUAAAUUAAGAUGUGGCCCGCUGUAUCUGUAUCAUAUCUGGGCUCCUGACCCUCCUGUAUAAAAAAAGGUUAUAUUACAUACACGUUGUACGUACGCACUAAGUGAUGAAGGCCUCAUUUCCGCAUGAAUUUCUAUUAUACAUACACGCUGUACUAAGUGAUGAAUCAUGCCUCAUUUCCGCAUGAAUUUCUAUUAUUUUUUAUGACUAAGUAAUAAUGAGUAAUGACAUAUCUUUCUAUCUAUUUGUAUGUAACCUGCGAAUAAAACUGAUCUACCAAGUUGAUGUCUGUCUCAUUGUGUUUCUACUAUUCUGUUUACUCAAAUUUAGAAUAAAAAAUAGAUGUAAAAUAAAAAAUAUAAAAAAAUUUAAAGAUCGAAAAAAAGGCAAGACAACACCGGAAAUUCACCUUCAGGCUCGCAACUGAAUUUAACUUUCAUCAACAAACAUACCAAGUAUUUGAUACAUGAGAUUAUAUUGCACAAAAAAUAUGAACUGUGCGAUCAAGUAUCUUGUUGAUCCCCACAUACAUUUAUUUUUUUAACAACAUCAUCUUCUUUAUAAAUUCCAGUUGUUAAGCGCACAUAACAACUGGAAAAAAUAUAAAACUGCAGAUAAUAAAAAAAAA